UUCUUUAAUUACUACAUUCAUGCAUUUUUACUUUGGAGAUGUACUAAUUUAAACACCAGGCAUUUGUUGCUAGGCAUAUCGUUACAACAACAUACUGUACAUUAUUUAGAGGACAGCUCACUGCAACAGCUACUGACAAAGGAACUUAGUUAUCCUGCAUUAUCAGAACAGAAUAUGGCAGAAUCAAUUCUAAAUGAUUUGAGGAAAAUGGAAAGCUAUGAUAAUGAAAAAGCCCAAGGCCUUCUUGAAAAACUUUGUCAGUUUUAUUUUAAAUAUAAGACAGAUGAAGAACGUUGUAAUUUUGGAGACACUUUGGUCAAAAAUGGUGGAGCAGCACUACUUGUUCAGAUUUUCAUCAAGUUUUCCAAUAUGGGCUUCUUCAACAGCAACUCUGUCUGGUUUCCUGCAUAUUAUACAUUAAGCACCAUUUGGAAUUUCAGUGAUGCCAGCUUAGCAUUUGCUCAUGAGAUUGGCAAAGAAGGGCUUCUGCAUUACCUAAUUGCUAUUCUUGAACAUGAACCCUACAAGGAAAAACUGAACCAAAAGAAUGUGUACUACUUGGUAAAAGCUUCCCUUUGUAUCCUGCACAAUGCUGCCAAGGUGCCAGAAAACAGACAACUUCUUCGUCAAGAAAAUUGUUUGCAGAAAGUCUCUUAUUAUAUGAAAGUCGAGGAUGAACUCCUGAAAGCCGUGUCCAUAAUGCUGCUGGGUUACAUCGUUGAUGAGAGCGAAGCUUCGCUGAUAAUGGAUGAGUCAGGUGCCAUAGAUAUCAUGUUGAAACUCCUCCAAGGGGCUCUGAAUUCUCAAAAUCGCCGUUGUCGUGGAUACAGAUGUGAAGAAAUUGCUGAAGGUUUGGCUCUAAUUGCAACUUGUGAAGCAAAUAAAGUUAAGAUUUAUGAAGCUGGGGCUGUUCCCAUGUUGAUCGAAUGUUUGGAGGAGGGAAGCACAACGGAGAAGAUGUACGCCGCAAAAGUGAUUUGGCAGCUUGCCUUUGAUGAAAGUCUGCGGGAAAAACUGGAAGAGAAUGACAAGCUGAUGAAGCUGCUGGAUACGCUAAGCACCGAUUCCGACAGGCUGCUUUCAAUUGCCGCCAGUGGGGCCAAGUGGGUGAUAGAAAAGCAAGCAGAGGAAAACAAGAUGUUAAAUAUAGGCAAUACAGGAAAGCAUAUCAUGAUUAGCUACCAAUGGGAUAACCAGAAGACCAUGGUGGAAGUGAAGAAACGACUGCAAAAUGCUGGCCUCAAUGUGUGGAUGGAUGUGGAGAAAAUGGCCGGAUCUACCCUGCAGGCCAUGGCUGAGGCUGUUGAACAUGCAUAUAUUGUCAUCAUGUGUAUCUCUGCCAAGUACAAGGAGAGCCCAAGCUGCAGGACAGAGGCUGAAUACAGCUUUGAGCUGCGCAAAGACAUCAUUCCUCUCAUGAUGGACAAAAAUUACAAACCAGAUGGCUGGCUGGGUGCUAUAUUAGGAGCCAAACUGUAUAUUGACUUCAGCAAGCAUGCCAACUUUGAGGACAGCAUCCAUCGGUUGAAGAAGGAACUUGGUAACCAUGUUCCAUCAAGUGGUGAUGCUGUUGAUGGUCCAGCUGUGGCCUCCACGACCAAGCAGGAGAAUGGGAAUGCUAAUGACUCUGACGUUUUCUUGUGGACUAAAGAAGAUGUUGAAAAGUGGUUGAAAGAAAAUCAGCUGGAUUUCUGCCUCAAUCUCUUUACAGAGUAUGAUGGCCCACUGAUCUGCCAGCUGCAGCAGUUACGCCGAGAGGCUCCUAGUUUCUUCUUUAAGAGUCUGAGAAGAGAAAUGGGAUUCAACUCAAUGACUGAACUUCUACAGUUCGCCAACGCCUUGGAGAAGCUGAACAUCUGAGUUAACAAAAGAAGAACAAGCCCUGCGCGUGUAUCUCACUGACUUCCUCUUUUUCUUGUGUGUUUUCUUCUGUGAUAAAUUAAGUGGGGCAGGAUUCAAGUCUAUGGAGGUGUAUGAAAGGUGAAUGCCCUACAGUUUGUCGAAAGAAUGUUCCGUAUUAGGCCAACCAUAACUUAUCAUCUCCUAGGAUCGUUCACAAAUGCAUGAGAGAAAUCUGUUAUUUAGGUUACAAGUCAUAUAGUGCCUUUCAUUAGUACUACAGGGAGUACAAACAGUGCAACACAAUUUACAGUUCAAAUACACAAUGUUUGAGCAGCUCUCAUACUGGUGAGACAAUGCUGGAAGGAAAACAAAACACAAGCUGAAAGACGACCCCACUUGGAUGGCAUCCAUUCGGGUCACACCUAAGUCUUCCAAUAGUGCAGUUCUAAUUUGUGUGAUUCCAACCCUACAGUAGGAAAUGUAGCUUUCAUUAAUUUGGAAGAGUUUGCAAAUGGUAAUGAGUUUACUCUCUCUUAUAAAAGUUGGGAAGAGGGCACUCACUAGAAGGGUCCACACACAAAAGAGACCCAUCUUGAGCUGGCAAGACCUAAGGAGGGGAUUCUCAAGUUCUGUGCUAUGGUGGUCACUGUGGUUACACUACAGUGUAACAGAAACAAAGCUAUACCAGCAAACCCCACCAAAGAACCCUCUCAGCUGCAACAAGAUGAUUACCAUUUUGACACUACAACAUACCGGACCAUUUUCUAAACCCACUUAAUCCUGAGUAAGGUCGGGGAAGGGGGGGUAGUGGUGGGGGCUGGAGUCUAUUCCAGCAAGCAUAGGGCGU